AUGGCGGAGAAGUUUAUUCCUAUGAUUUCGUCUGUCUCAAAUCAGCCCAAUCCAAAUUUCUCAACUGUCCCAUGGGAGCAACAUCCAACAGUUCCUUCCGACGUGGGCGUGGUCACGAGCUCCCAGUCGCAGCUCAAAGAUCUUUUUGGCUUGUUCUGCAUGGUGACGCUGAACCUUAUCGCUUUGUUGGCCAACAUUGGCGUGAUGGUGGCUAUUGCCCGCGCCCCACACUUGAAGAGGUUCGCUUUUGUGUGCCACCUUUGCGCUGUGGACCUACUGUGCGCCAUCCUCCUCAUGCCCCUGGGGAUCAUAUCCAGCUCUCCCUUUUUCGGAACGGUGGUGUUCACCGUUCUGGAGUGUCGGGUUUACCUUUUCCUCAAUGUAUUUCUCAUCUGUUUAUCCAUUCUCACUAUCACGGCUAUCAGCGUUGAACGCUACUUCUACAUCGUGCACCCGAUGCGAUAUGAAGUUAAGAUGACCAUCAAUUUAGCCAUCGGUGUCAUGUUUUUUAUCUGGAUCAAGUCGGUUGUCCUGGCUUUGUUGACUCUGUUUGGAUGGCCGGCAUACGGGAACCAAAGCUCCAUCGCUGCGGCUCACUGCUCUCUCCAUGCGAGCCACAGUCGCCUUAGAGGAACUUUUGCCGUGCUCUACAGUGUUCUCUGUUUCCUGGUUCCUUCGGUGAUCAUCUUCUCCGUGUACUGCGCCGUGUACAGGGUCGCUCGUUCAGCUGCCCAGCAACAAGUGCCCGCUGUUUCAACGUGGGCCAGCCCAAACCGGGAUAAGAAUCGGUCCGACUCCAUCGGCAGCCAGACCACCAUGAUCGACACCAACCGCUCUCGGCCCCAGAGACUUUCCCCGGAAAGGGCCUUCAGCGGGGGCAAGGCGGCCAUCACCUUAGUGUUCAUCGUGGGCCAGUUCUUGAUCUGCUGGCUGCCUUACUUCAUCUUCCACCUGCAAAUGUCUCUGACCGGAUCCAUGCGCAGCCCAGGAGACUUGGAAGAAGCAGUCAACUGGCUAGCCUUUUCUUCAUUUGCAGUCAACCCGUUCUUCUACGGUUUGCUCAACAGGCAGAUCAGAGAGGAGCUGGUCAAGCUUCGCCGCUGCUGCCUGACCCAGCCGGUGGAUUUUGCCGUUAGCAGCCACGAGGGCUCCCUGCAGGAGAACUUCCUCCAGUUCAUCCAGAGAACCAGCAGCACAGCUGAAACCCGCUCCAGUCCCAGAAGCACUCUGGACAACAGUGUUAAGAUCCCAGGACAAAUACCAGAAGAUCACACUUAGGAUGUCAGUGGAACAUUUUUUCUAUUAUUCUCAAGGCUUCUUUUUGUUGUUUAAUUGGAGUACAGUACAACAUCCAGGGUGGUCUUUCACAUUUGGCUAGGGUGCUUUUGCUAUAACAACACUAUUUCAUGAUUGUGAUGGAACUUUUUUUGUUUUAUUAUCGAAAAGAUUAGUGGAGCAUUUACCACUUGGCCUGCUUUUCCACUGCACACUUCCCCACACAGAAAAGAAAGCACAAAUAUACCAGCACCCAAAGACAAAAUUGCAUUACACCCCAAAAACUACUACAGGGUUUAUGACAUUAUUUAUUCACAUUUCC